AAUUAAAAAAAAAAUUAAUAAUAAUAACUCGAGUUUGAAAAAUAAAUAUCUUAUAGCUUUGUAUUUUACGCACGACAAACGAGAGAAUAAAUACGAGGGGAAAACGAGUGCGAAUAGCCUGACUCUACUGGCAUUCUAUCACACGCACAAUGAGAUUUUUGAGUUCAGCAAAGUUCAUCCAGGGGAAAAAAUCACUAUUACUGAAGUUAACGACAGAAUUGUUUUUCGAGCUGAAUCUGGCGCAGAGUAUUCAAUAGGAUUGAAUACUCUUGGAGAAAGAGAACGAAGAGCUGUACUGGAGGCUAUCAACGAUAGAAAACGAGAGGGCUCAACACUAAGUAUGCCUGCCUCUAUUAACAAUCCGAACGAUGCCAAUGGAAAGAACGACGACGCUGAACUUAGCCACGCUGAUACCGACAGCAUUAAGUCGUACGCGACAAACGAAACGAACUUUCGAGAAAAAACGAUCGAUGCUUUGAAUAAUGUUACCAAAGCAUUGGAAGGAAUGACAACUGCACAAAAUGACAUGAAAGUCAUUUUCAUAAAAGGAAUAACCACCAUAGUUGAUAAGCUCAACGAGCAUUCUUCUCACACAUCAAGUGAUCAUGAUCCUCGAAGCACCAAGUGUGGAAAUGAAACGAAUGCCACAACUUCAACGGCUAAUUCAGCUGAUGCAGGAACGAGCGAUACUGCAGUUGGAGUAGGUCGUCAUGAGCUAAUUGAGUUGAUCCAAAAUGAAAUUAAACGAGUGGGAAUCAACCCAAAUAGUAACGAGAAUACACCAAAGACUUCGGGAUCUGAUGUGGUAAAAGAAUUAAGCGAGAAGAUACGAGUAGAGCUUGUGGGUAAAGAUUCGAAUAAACGAGAAUAUAAGUUGACGAGUCAAACGAAAUUCGAACACUUUAUGGACUUUCUAACAUCCGAGUUGCGAAUCUUAGAUUUGCUGUACAUCAUUAACUCGGAUGUGAAACCUAAUUUUACAGUUGACGACGCGACAAGAGAAAAGCACGUUUUUAAGGUGAGAGAUAUUUUGAUCAAUAGACUUGAUCAAAAUUAUUAUUCGAAAAUUGACAAAAUCAAGGAUCCGGUCGAAAUUUUGAACAAAAUUAGAGAAAUAAAACGAUGCGAGUCGAACUUGACUUCCAUGACGAUUCGUAAACGGCUCUAUAAUAUGGAAUAUGUUCCGAGCAAAGAAAAGGCAGCGGAGUUUUGGGACCGUUUCGAAGAAUUGGUACGAAAUUACGAUAGUCUACCAAAUGUGAACCCUCUCUCGCAUGAUGAGAAGAGAGAUGCGUUUUUUAAUGCCAUAACUCCCGCUAUACCGCAAGUUCAAUCUGUUGAAUUCAUGACGACGAACUCAACUGGCAAAGGAUUGACGUAUGAUCAGCUGAAGGCGUUUAUCAUACAACACGAAGCCAACAGGGCUCAAACGAGUGAUACGAAGCCCACAGCACUGAAUGUCAAAAGACAUGAUCCUAAAAAUCGAUGUUAUGGUUGUGGAGCUCAGGGUCAUCACAAAGAUGAAUGCCCUAACGAUAAUCAACCGAAGUGUUACGAGUGCGGUAAUAUUGGGCAUAUUGCUAGAGAAUGUUCCGUAAGGCUGGCAAAACAGAAUGAACAGGGGCCGACGUCGAAGUUUUCAUCAUCUUCGAGACAACAUCCCAGGAACAACUCUCAUCGUACUGGUAAUAGAGGUAGCUUCCGUGGUAAACGCAAGUUCAGCGGUGCGAGUCGCGAGAAUCACGCAAAACGAGCUAAAAUAUCUGAAAAAGGCCAAGGCGGUCAGCAGAAAUAUAAGGACAAGAGGAACCGAGAUGAUUCAAAGGAGAAUCAAAGUGGAAACAAACUCAAUAAAGGUAAUGGUUCAGAAGUAAAUAUGAUUAAUUGUAGUAUAACGAGUGAAGGAAAUUCAUUAACUAAUGCGAACGAUGUUGAAAAUACCUUUACGAGGUUUUUGGCUGAUUCGGGUGCUACUGAGCAUUUAACGAAUUCUAAGCUCAUUUUCAAAACGUUUGAUGAAACUAAAAGAAGUUCGAUAAGAUGUGCGAAUAAGGAAGCUCAUGCCGAUUUAAGUUCGGAGGGAGCUGGAACGGUAAACGUUAAAUUGAGUAACGAUCGGGUGAUGAACUUGGAAAACGUUAUAUGCGCCGAAGCGUUGUCAGAAAACCUCUUGUCAUUAAGAAAGUUUGCAGAUAUGGGACUAAGUAUUUAUUUAGACAAUCGGGAAAUCGAUAUUUUUGAUCCCAUCUCACACGAGUCAUUUAUUAAGGGAAUUUAUCAACAACCCUAUUGGAUAGUUGAGUUAGAACUAGAUGAAACGAGUAGUAAAGGUCAACGAUUGAGCGAGAGCAGAACGUUGAAAACGGUAGCUUACUUAACGACAGAGAGCUCCGAUGGGGAACCCAGAUACAUGACUCGGAGCAAAACUAAAACUAUAGACAGAUCACAAAUAGAUGCAGAUCCAACAUCAAUUGACGCUGGAAUUGAAAAGAAGUCUGACGCAACAGAAACGAAU